AUGUCGGUGAUAGGAUCCGUAUUUUCGGGGAUUAGGCACAGCCUAAGGGAAAGCUUUCUUGGAGGGGACAGGGAUAUCUGGGCCGAGACACUCAGGGCAGAGUAUGCCCACACCCCGGACGACGAAGAGCUUUCCGACUCGGACGACGAAGACAGCGUCUGUUCGUAUUUGUCCUCCAAGUACAACAGCAGACCGAGCUUGGUGGAAGCGAACACUGCCAAGGCGGCUGCCACAGAGGUUGCCUCCGAAACGAAGGAAGAAUCCACAACACCGCAGGAAACAAGCGCUACACCUGUGACAGACCAAAAAACAGAGGAAGCACCCAAUGUUGCCCCGGUAUCAGUCCCAGUAACUUCACGCUCAGCAGUCGUAGUCCCAGCACCCUCACGUCCAUUGGUGGACAAGUUGAAAGCUACAACAGAGGUGGCUUCCAAGACGUCCAUUCUAGACAUCUCAUCCCACUCCAACAAGGACGACGAUGGGAAGUCCAAAAGAAAGUCCAGAGUGCAUCGUUCCCACAGUCACCGCUCUCAUAGCCACUCUCCCCAUAAGGACAAGAAAAAGUCGUUGCUCCGAAGAACCAAAACAACCGGAUCCUCGGGUAAUAAGGGAUCCUCCCCUUCUAGAUCGGGAAGGUCCAGGAGGAGCCAAAAUCCCUUGGCCAGGAGCACUUGCAUGAAUGAAAAGCCAGCCUUUGACUGGGCGGCUUAUGGGAAAGCCAAAGAAAUUGUAGAGACCAGGAGACAACAAUUGUCGGUUGCGCAUGGGGAAAAGAAGCCAAGGGAUAUCACUCCUACCAGAAAGCCACGGGACGUCACCCCAACUAGAAAGUCCAGGGAUGGUACCCCCGAACGAAAGCAAAGGGAUGUUCAACCCGAGAGAAAGCCGAAGGAUUUUCAACCGGAGAGAAAGCCAAAGGAUUUGGCUCCUGAUAAGAGGCCAAAGGACGCCCCGCCAGAGAGAAAGCCCAGGGAUGUGGUUCCUGAACGAAAGCCCAGGGAUGUUACACCCACCAAAAAGAGUCGACCCUCGUCCACUCAUACCAAAUCGCCACGAAGACAACGAGAAUCGGUUUCUAAAUCGCCACGAAGGCCACGAGAAUCGGUUUCUAAAUCGCCACAGCGACAUUCUUCCUCUCAUUCCAAAUCGCCACGUAGGCAACGAGAAUCGAGUGCCAAAUCGCCACAACAGCGACAGUCGUCCUCAAACUCCAAAUCGACACAGCGGCGACAUUCUGCCGCCUUUUAUUCGUCUGUCUUACACAACAGCUUCCAGCACAUAUCCCUCGAUGAACGCAAAUAUUAG